GUAUAAAUAUAAUGUUUACUGAAAUUAACACUCUCAAAUCUUUGCCAUUGUUAAAAUUUGUAACAAAUGUAACACUUUGAAAAUUGAAACAGUGUGACAAUUAGUAAUUACUGUAUUACGCCGUAUGGAACAACGGAGGAGUUCACAAGAAUAAAACCCACACUCCACAGUCCACACCACAGUUGAGUACUUGACCUUCGAAAAUAAGAAACAUUUCAUUUGAAGAAGGAUAAACCGACUGAGUAAUUGUUUCCAGAUUAUGUCUCGAUCUGUUCUUGUUGCCAAAGCUUUUCUUCGUCCUUAUUUUCAUGGCGCCACUUCAAACAAGCUUCUUCCUCUUCACUUUCAUGGCGGAUUCACAAUUGGACAAAGCUGUUCCUUUAUUGGAUAAAAUUCUCAAGCUUGGCUACCAACCCACAUUAAUCACCUAUGGCUCUAUCUUCAAAGGUCUCUGUAGGUCAGGUGAUAAUGCCGGUGCUCUCAAACUCCUCAGAAAUAUGGAGUCUUAUGGCCAUUCUAUGCCUAAUGUUGUCAUUUACAACACCAUCAUUGAUAGUCUCUGUAAAGACCAGUUAUUACCUGAGGCUCUCCGCCUUUUCAAGGAGAUGAAAGUCAAGGGAAUUUCCCCUGAUGUUGUCACCUUUAAUACCUUAAUUCGAGGUAUGUGCACUUUGGGACAACAGAAAGAGGCUCAAGAUAUGCUGACUGAGAUGUUAAGGAAUAACAUAACUCCUGACAUACAGACCUACAACAUAUUUAUUGAUAUUUAUUGUAAAGAUGGCAAGGUUGGUCAAGCAAAGAACAUUUUUGAAUACAUGACUAAGAGAGGAUUGGUUCCUGAUAUCAUCACUUACAGCGCUCUGUUAGACGGAUAUUGUUUACGGGGUGAGAUGGAUGCGGCAGAAAAGCUUAUGGAUUUGAUGGUUGAAAAUGGUUGUAAACCUAAUGUAGUUACUUACAACAGCUUAAUCAAUGGCUAUUGCAAGUCUAAAAAGAUAGACAAAGCUCUUGGUCUGCUACAAGAGAUGCAUUCUAACAGAUUAUCCUCUGAUGUUACCACAUACAACACUCUUAUAGAUGCCUUGUGCAAAGACAAUCAGCUCAAGCUUGCACAACAGUUUUUCAAGGAAAUGGAAGCUCAUGGAUUAAAGCCAAAUAUAAUCACUUGGAACUCAUUGCUUGACGGCAUGUGUAAGAAUGGACAAAUAGAUGAGGCAAUUGCAACAAUGAAGAAAAUGGAGAAUACUGGAGUGGUCCCUGAUAUUAUUACAUACAGUAUCCUAAUGGAUGGUCUGUGUGAAGCUAAUCGCCUUGGUGAAGCGGUGGAUAUUUUCACUUCUCUGCGAACAAAGUGCUUACAUCCCGAUGUGUUCAGUUACAAUAUAAUUAUAAAAGGAUAUUGCAAAGAGGGUUUGCUGGGUAAAGCUACUAAAGUUGUAGAGGAAAUGGAGGACAAUGGAUGCUCACCUGAUGAGUGUACCUACAACACAAUUAUUAAAGGAUCUAUCUAUGGCAAGAAUAUAAGCAAGGCUUUGGAACUAGUCUCCACCAUGAGAAGCAAGAACUUUGCAGCCGAUGCUCAUACUUCUUCUUUAUUUGUCAACUUACUCUCAAAUCAUGCUCUCUGUGAUUCUGAUAAGGCUUUACUUCGAAAUUUUUUUAAGACAUGAAAACUGUGAUGUAUGAUUGUAUGGUUAAGGUCUGAUUUACUGGUUAUGGAAUUUAUAAUGAUAUUUAAAUAAUAUAACCUGCA